CUGGUGAGCCCUCGCGCGUUGUCAUAAAACUGUUACUCCCCUUCGCACCAUUCCCCGCACAUUACUCUUCCACACAUCUUCCAAUUUCAUCGCCACCUCGCUCUCUCUGCUUCUCUCGCUUUCCGCUUUCAAUUUCGCGGCUUUUUCACUACUGUUGCUGCAUUGAGAGCAAUCGCAGUGGGAUAUUUGAGCUCUAAAGGUUGAAUUCCGUGGUAGAAAAGUAGACGCAGGCUGUUUUUGUGUCUGACAAUUGGAGCUGUUGGGCUUGAGUUGUGGAGAGAAAGAGAGAGUAGACGGAGAGGGUUGAAGAGGGACGGUGAGGGGCGGGAGGGGGUUGUGAGGGAGGUUUUUGAAAAGUUGGGCGAUUGUGGGAAACAGGAUUUAGGUCCGGGGGUUGUGAGGAUGGGUGAUGCGUGAGAGGGGCGGUGGCAGAGGGUGGGACAAGGGGGGAUUUGUUUGCUAGUUGAGGUGUGGAUUGUAGGGUUUGGAAAAAAAGGUUGGGCGAGGAGGGAGGUGAUCGCAAUGACUAUGGCGGCUGUGCCGGCGGUGCAAAGAUUGUACGAUGUUUGUAAGAAAGUGUUCACGUCGACCGCUGUGCCGUCUGAAGCGCAGGUUUCCAACGUCCGGGCAGUGCUGGACAGUAUCAAGCCAGUAGACCUUGGACUGAUAAUCCCUGAGCAGCAGAAUGGAGGCAUUCGAGGUUUUGCUGAUGCCGGUCCAGGCAACUGGCGACGGCCCAGAUAUGCACCUCCCAUCAGCUAUCUUCACCUUUACGAAUGUGAUGUAUUCUCUACGGGAGUUUUCGUUCUUCCUACAUUAGCAAGUAUACCUCUUCAUGAUCAUCCGGGCAUGACUGUGCUUAGUCGCCUACUAUAUGGAAAAAUGCACAUAAGAGCCUAUGACUGGGUGGAUCCUCAUGAUGAGAGGUUGAAAAAUAACCCGACAAUAGCACGGCAUGCGAAAUUGGUAGUAAACCAUGUGCUGGGAGCAGAUCCAAACGGAAAAGAACCACAGCGGACCUCUGCAACCGAGGUGCUAUAUCCGACUUCCGGUGGCAACAUCCAUGCCUUCACGGCUCUCACGCCAUGCGCUGUGCUGGAUGUGUUGGCUCCGCCAUACUCAUUAGCAACUGGCCGACAUUGCACGUACUACCGCAUCACUUCAACCGACGGGCCGGCAGAAGAAUGCGGUCUAGUUGAGCGGCUUGAAGAAUAUCACCCACCCAGUGAUUUUGUGGUGCGGCGGGGCCUUUACAAUGGACCAAGAAUCAUUGCAAAUCCCAGGUAGAGGUGGACACUAGCUUGUAUGGGUAUGAAGUUAAAUCAAGUUAAAUCAACUCAGAUGUAGUUCUGAUGCGGUGUGGAGUGAUAGUGCCGGCAACUGAUUUCCGAAACUGCAAGUAGCAAUUCGAAAGGGGUGGGCCUACGCACCCUGUUGACUUCCUCCAUUUAGGUCAACCGCGGUGGAAGUCAAAUCUACGAUAGUCAACUGGGCGAAAGUCAACGUUGUGAAUCUCUAACUUUCUUAAUGUAAUAAACUGUUGCAUCGAGCCAAUGUUGUUCGUAAGGAAA